AUGAAAGCAUUCUUGUGCGUUCUGGCUGUGGUGGCUGCUGCUUCACCUUCAGCUGCAUUUCUUGAUAAACUCCUGGGAUUAGGAGGUGGAAGUGGAUUAGGCGGUGGUGGAGUUGGAUACAGUGGAGGCAGUUUCGGUCGUAGUAAAUUUGGCGGUGGUGGUGGCUUUGGAGGCGGUGGUAUUGGAUACGGUGGAGGAGUGUAUAGUGGUGGAAGCAAUAUUGGGUACGAUAGUGGAUACGGAGGAGGAUAUGGGGGAGGAUAUGGUGGAGGAUAUGGUGGUGGAGAUAUUAGAGUGAUCAAAGUGAUUAUUCCAAGCAGUGACGGAUACAGUUCAAGUGGUGGAUAUGCCAGUGGUGGAUAUUCUAGUGGAGGAUCCUACCAAGUCUCUGCCCCAGCUCCUGCUCCUAUUUCAUACUCUCCAGCACCUGCACCGAUUCCAGCACCAGCCCCAGCACCAAUACCAGUCACUUAUAUUCCAGCACCAGCUCCAGCUCCUGCACCAAUUCCAGUUCAAGCUCCAAUAAUCUCCCAACCAAUUUCAACUGGAGGAGGUUUCUCAAGCGGAGGCUAUUCAGGUGGAGCUUACAAUAGCGGUGGUGGCAGUAUUGUCAAAGUUAUCAAAGUGAUUAUUCCCAAGACUGUUUCUAGUGGUGGAUAUUCAUCUGGUGGGGGAUUUGCAUCCGGUGGAUAUUCUAGUCAAGUAGCUACACCUGUUUAUGUUAACAGUGGAAACAGUGGUUAUGCUGGUGGGUAUGCUGGUGGAUAUCAAUCAAGUAACUCAGGUGCUGUUGUCAGUCAAGUAUCUACUCCUGUCUACAAUAUUUCACCGCCUCAAAUAACUCCUGGAUACGCUAGUGGCGGUGGAUAUCAAUAUGGUGCUCCAUCAGUAGGAUGUUAA